UUCGGCUCGUGUUGGGCGAUAUGGCGUCUUCUUGAAGCGUAGUUAAAUCGCAAGUGUUUUGUUGACAAGUGAAAAAGAUGGCAGCCGACUCCACAGACAAAAAGGAUGCAGAUUCCUCAGGGACCAAAGACAGGGAGAGGAAACGCAGCCGUUCACGAGAAAGAGACCGCAAAGUCUCACCUUCACGCAAGCGCCAUCGUUCUCGUGAAAGAAAUCGCUCCAAAUCUGCAGAAAGAGACCGUCGCACAAAAGACAAGGAUAGAGACAAGGACCGUGACAGAGAUAAGGACAGAGACAGGAGCCGCAAGGACAGAGAUGGCCAUCGACGUGAUAAAGACCGCAGCAAGAGGUCCAGGAGUCUCUCACCAAAGUCAAAGGAUUCCAAGGUAAAGCGAGAGAGGGAUAUAAAAACAGAGGAGGAGGAAGAUGAAAAAAAGAAGAAAGAGAAGGUCCAGCCCCUAUCUUUAGAGGAGCUUCUGGCCAAAAAAAAGGCAGAAGAGGAAGCAGAGGCAAAGCCCAAGUUCCUGUCCAAAGCAGAGCGAGAAGCUGAGGCUCUGAAACGGAGAGUGCAACAGACAGAAGAGAGGAAGAGGUUGUUGGAAGAGGAGAGGAAGAAAAGAAGGAUGUUCCAGGACAUAGGGAGAAAAAUGCUGGAGGACCCCCAGGAAAGGGAGAGACGAGAGCGGAGAGAGCGAAUGGAGCGAGAGAACAAUGGGAAUGAAGAGGAUGAUGGACGACAAAAGCUCAGAGAAGAGAAAGAUAAAAGCAAAGAGCUCCAGGCCAUCAAGGAGCGUUACCUUGGUGGGCUCAAGAAACGUCGGAGAACUCGUCAUCUGAAUGACAGGAAGUUUGUGUUUGAGUGGGAUGCUUCUGAAGACACGUCAGUCGACUACAACCCAAUUUACAAAGAAAAGCAUCAGGUGCAGCUGUAUGGACGAGGCUUCAUCGCUGGCAUCGACUUGAAGCAGCAGAAAAGAGAGCAGUCACGUUUCUAUGGUGACCUGAUGGAGAAAAGGCGCACGCUGGAAGAGAAGGAGCAGGAAGAGACGAGAUUGAAGAAGAUGCGUAAAAAGGAGGCCAAGCAGCGCUGGGACGACAGACACUGGUCCCAGAAGAAACUGGAUGAGAUGACGGACAGAGACUGGCGAAUCUUCAGAGAGGAUUACAGCAUCACCACCAAGGGAGGGAAAAUCCCGAACCCCAUCAGAAACUGGAAGGAGUACCCGCUGCCUGCACACAUCCUGGAGGUCAUCGACAAAUGUGGCUACAAGGAUCCAACACCUAUUCAGAGGCAGGCCAUUCCUAUUGGCUUACAGAACCGUGACAUCAUUGGUGUGGCUGAGACAGGUAGCGGUAAAACGGCUGCCUUCCUGAUUCCACUGCUCGUCUGGAUUACCACCCUGCCAAAAAUUGACAGGAUUGAAGACUCAGACCAGGGUCCUUAUGCUGUGAUCCUGGCCCCAACUCGUGAGUUGGCGCAGCAGAUUGAAGAGGAGACCAUAAAGUUCGGUAAACCGCUCGGCAUCCGUACGGUGGCUGUGAUUGGAGGAAUCUCCAGAGAGGACCAGGGCUUCCGUCUCAGGAUGGGCUGUGAGAUUGUGAUCGCCACCCCUGGGCGUCUGAUUGACGUGCUGGAGAACCGGUACUUGGUCCUGGGCCGCUGUACCUACGUGGUACUCGAUGAGGCCGAUCGUAUGAUUGACAUGGGCUUCGAGCCCGACGUCCAAAAGAUUCUGGAGUAUAUCCCUGUGACCAAUCAGAAACCAGACACGGACGAAGCAGAGGACCCUGAGAAAAUGAUGAUGAACUUUGAAUCAGGAAAACAUAAAUACAGACAAACGGUCAUGUUCACAGCUACUAUGCCUCCAGCUGUGGAGAGACUGGCCAGGAGCUACUUGAGACGUCCUGCUGUGGUGUACAUCGGGUCUGCUGGCAAACCUCACGAGAGAGUCGAACAGAAGGUCCUGCUUAUGUCAGAGGGAGAGAAGAGGAAGAAGCUGCUGGAGGUGUUGGCGCACGGCUUCGAGCCUCCCAUCAUUAUCUUUGUCAACCAGAAAAAGGGUUGCGAUGUGCUGGCCAAGUCUCUGGAGAAAAUGGGGUACAAUGCGUGUACGCUGCACGGUGGCAAAGGCCAGGAGCAGAGAGAGUUUGCGCUUUCCAAUCUCAAGGCAGGAGCCAAAGAUAUUCUGGUGGCCACAGACGUUGCUGGUCGAGGUAUUGAUAUCCAGGACGUCUCGAUGGUCAUUAACUACGACAUGGCUAAGAACAUUGAAGACUACAUCCAUCGUAUUGGUCGUACAGGUCGUGCUGGUAAGAGUGGUGUGGCCAUGACUUUCCUCACCAAAGAGGACUCAGCUGUGUUCUAUGACCUGAAGCAGGCCAUCCUCGAGAGCCCGGUCUCCACCUGCCCUCCAGAGCUGGCCAACCACCCAGACGCUCAGCACAAACCGGGAACCAUCCUGACCAAGAAGAGACGCGAGGAGACCAUCUUUGCCUGAUUUACUCCGACUGGUUCAGACUGUUUUGUCAUGUUGCAUCUUCACACAAUAUCCGAUUCUCUUUUUCUGCAGUCGAGAUAUGGUCCACAAGUUAAUUCUGCCCAUGUCUUCAGUUGUUUCACACCUUCCCUCCGAUUCUUGUCAGUCUGUUUUUGUCUGUUGGCCCAGUGUGCGAGUAGAAACAGACACAUUAACUGGUGCAGAGAUAAUCACAGCACUUCUUAUCGAUGUCUGUGAAUUUGAAUCUGUUUACUCAGUUGGAAAAUGUGUAAAUGUAAAAGUCAGAGGUAGAAAUUUGUUAUGCUUCUGUGAAUAAGAGCACAGGUCCAGGAUCACUUAGCAGGAUGCUGAUGAGCUGGACUGUAAAGAUGCUGCUCUUCAAUAAUUAUCAAGCGUGAUAAAUACCAGCCAAGAUGCAAGUGUAGAUGAGUAGAGAGUACUGUGUUGCUGUCUUAUUAACCAUUACCAUUUGAGUUUCCUGACUGUUUAAGAGACCAAUGCCAGAAGUAAUGGCUACUGUUUUCACUUCAGACACAUCGACUGGCUAAAUUGCAGUUCAUUGUUUUAAAUAUAAACAUUUGUAUGAAGUAAAUACAGCAAAUUUGAGUUACAUCUGUCGGUCUGAACUGUCUAAAUAUUUUAUGCGAAACACUAACCAUCUGCAUGACCACACUGUCAACAAUGAAAAUAGCAGAAGUAGUUUUUGGUAGUCCGAAAACAUAGUGGUGUGUUCACUGGGUAAAUGUUGGGAUACAGAGAAAAAGUAAAAAUUUUUAAACUGUACAAAAACACAAACUCCAGGCGCUCUCGUGUAGAGGAGCAGUAGUUUUUGGUUUUUAUUGGUUGCGUGGCUUGUUCAUAAAAUUCAUUAUUUGUGUCAACAGGUGGGCGAUAAGUGCCAUUCACAAAUUCUUCCCAAAAUCUCUUAAAACAGAAGUGAACAGAAACACUCCAUAAAGCAAUGACUCAAACAGAAAAUAAAGAUUAAUGUGGUCAAGUAAGCGAACCGGUUGCUUUUUAAAAUUAUUUUAUAAACAAGCCAUGUAAGCAAUAAAAGCUGUUUUUAUCAAGA